UAUGUAAAUAGGUACUCACAUUCAUGGCACGUAAUAUGACCAUUGCGUUGUUGUGAUGACAACCUCUCAAGUCACUCUCACCGACGGUCGUAUCCUCGCCUAUAUUGAUUACGACCCUCCUACAACAACACCAGCAGCAGCAGCAGCGGCAGGGAAAGAUGGAGAAGAAGCACACGUAACUACCACCACCACCACCACCAAACCGGUGUUGGUUUACUGUCACGGCUUUCCGGGAUCUCGCAUCGAAGGCGACUUUUUGGUGUCGGCCGCCCGACGACAUGGCGCUAGACUGAUCUCCGUCGAUCGACCGGGCAUGGGGCUCUCCACGUUCCAACCCAACCGUAGUGUCCUCGACUGGCCCAGGGACGUCCUGCAGCUGGCCGACCAUUUGUCUAUCAACGGUUUCUACGUGGUCGGAGCGUCUGGUGGCGCGCCCUACGUGUUUGCUUGUGUCAAGGAAGUGUCAAAGACCGGAAGACUACUGGGCGCGUGUGUCGUGGCCGGGGCGUACCCCCUCAGCCUGGGGACGGCGGGCAUGUCGUGGCCGGUCCGAAUCCUCAUGUUGACCGCGUCGUCGAAAUGGUUCGGGGGAGUUGUCGGGUGGUUGAUGGAUUGGGAUUUUGGAUCCGUCGCCCGAGACCGCGAGCACCCGGAACGGAUGAGAAAAGUGCUGGUGCGGGCCAUGAAGGCCAAACCCGAACCCGACGCGAGGUGCGUCGAUAGCGAGGAGGUCACGACAAAACUGGUCGAGGCCAUGCACGAGAGUUACAGGCAGCCAUCCGGGGGAGGAAUAAACCUGGACAUCAGGUUGAUCGCCGGAGAUUGGGGGUUCGACCUGGCCGAUCUCGACACGGAGGAAGGGUUCAACAUCUGCUUGUGGCAUGGAGGUCGUGAUGCGAAUGUCCCGGUGGCCAUGGCGAGGAAUGCAGCCUCACUGAUCAAAGGUGCCAAGUUGAAGGUGUUGGAGGAUGAGGCUCAUUUGAGCAUCUCCCUCAAUGCUCAAGACCAAUUCUUAGAGGAUUUGCUGGGUACAGUAGAUAGGCAGCCUGCGGGGAUGACAGAGGAGUCCUGUGCACCUGCAUGUACGGAUGUAUACGGCUGCAUGGACUCGGAAGGGGAAAUAGCACACUGAUAUU